ACCUUCAUAUGUGGCAUAUCGAAAAUUUAUGUAUACACCUGUAGAGUAACUCCAAGACACAUACACAACUUUUAUAUUAAGAGGACCCAUAGGGAUUGAUAUGAGUAGCGAUCAGGAGUCUAGCAAGAAGGCAGGAGGGCAGCCGAGGAAACAAUCGAAAGGGGAACUGGCAGCUCAGUCAGGAGAAUGCCAGGAAUUGGAUUCGGAGUGCAAUGUGGUGUCUGAACUGUCAAGGGGUUCCAGCGGCAAGUCCAAAAGCACUUAUUCCGAGCACAGGCAGAGCGAGGCGCACGAAGAGCGUCCGGAGAGUGUUGAUUGCAAAUCACAGGCAUGUCGUGCUCCCGAUACUGCCGAGGAAAUGCACAUGGAGGAGCAAGAAUUGAGCAGCGCGAAUUCCUCAACAGUGGGGAAAGAACAUGAUGUAGAUGACCGGAAGAAGAGGAGGAACAAAAAUAAAAAUAAGGUGAGAGAGGGAAACGAGAAAAAGGUGCUCAGCAAUACCAGUCUUUAUGAGGCGAAUCGUUUUUGGAAGACCUUCUCCGAUGAAGAUUUCAGGGACAUCAAUCCAAUGUCGUCAGCGAUAUGCAACGUGCCAGAACGUUCCUUUUUCACAAUCACGACCCUCAGCCACCAACCAAUUACCAUCGCCAAUAUACCGCCCAAGACCUUACUGCCCGAACUGCUACGCGAUAUGAUCGAACACAACAAGGGCGCAACCACCCAAAUAGUCAUCGACUCCAUCCAUUUCGAGUGUAUGCCGACACUUCUGAAAUGCUAUUCGGUGUGGUUCGCCAAUCGGGACUGGCGCCUGACUACGUUCAAGUUUACCGGUGAGGAUGUGCCCGCAGAGGGAUUCCGGCUCGUUUACGAAUGGAUGCGUUUCCAGGUAAGACCGACGUACGAUACCGUCGUGCCUAUGCUGCAGGUGGCGAAGCACCUACAGGUUGAUAUACUGCAGGACCAGUGCUGGGACUUGCUGGCCGAUGAGUCCAUACGUGAGAAGCGCGGAUUCCACUUAUAUCUGCAGUCCAAGGGCAUGCCGGCUCUGGAUGAUGUACGAGAUCUAAUGCUGGCGCGUCUGCGUUUCUACUUCCUGCCCUUGGUCGGCCAUGAUGAUUUCCUGAAUCUCGACGUGGAAGACGUUGUCAGUUUGCUGAAGCUCGACACGAUUGGCGUCAAUUCAGAGGUUGAGGUGUUCUUUUCCGUUUUACGUUGGCUAAAUAAGGCGCCGGAGCAACGACAAAAGCAUCUCCGCAAGCUGAUGGCCUGCGUGCGAUUUUGUUUCCUGCCGAUGUUCUUCUUGUUCAGUUUGAAGCAGGGAUGCAAUCGCGAGGACAAACGGGACCUUUUUAAGGCCGAUCCUAUGCUGCUAGCCUUUCACAUGGAUCCCCAAUCGCAGGACUCCUUGGAGAAGGCCAUUGCCUUUGUGGGCGUGCGCUGUCAGUAUUCCGAUAAUGAGGAGUUUUAUGCAGUCUGCGGCGAGCAUAAUAUGCACGUCGACUAUCCACGUCGCUGGAUCAAAUACCACAAAUGUCUGUACCAUACGACGAACAUGACAUAUCCUUUUACCCAUAACUUCACGGCGACAGAUUUUAGCGACUUCAUUGCUUCUAUACAGGCGGAUUGGGUGGCCGAUAUGCCGGAGGGGGAAUUUGCCAUAGACAUUAAGGUGGAUGAAAAUAAGGGAACUAAGGAAGGAAAGAAAAAGAAGAAACGGAAGGCGAAGAAAUUCAAAAACAUUGAGCCCAUUGGACAUGAUAAUGGGUAUGCUGAUGAUGUCGAUGCUGGAGCGGGUGAUUGUGAUGAUAUGUGGUAUGACGGUGGCAGAGGUGGCGGCGAGGGCUAAAUCGUUAAUAAGACUGCCGGAUUAGGCAAAAAACCGCCCGACGCCGCAAUAUAAUAUUUUCUCAUUAAAGUUUAAAGA